UUCGCGUUCGUUUUCCGCGGCGAGUCUCUUCAACUUCUUGCUUCGCUCUCAUUCAUUAGUCAGCCGUCAUUGAGUUCGGAGGUGGUGGUGUUUCGCCGUCGGUGUGUGCUUUUUUUGCGUGAUCGUCGAUUCCCAGAGACCAAGUGCCGCGCAAAAGAGAGAGAGCGUACAAAAGUCGUCGAGUUCAAAAAAGCAUUUGUCCCGGGUGCUCGCUCUCGAAUAUAACCGCAACCGUUUCACGGCAGAAUGCAUCGCGCAAGGGCGGCCUUCCAGCUGAUCAACCACCCGGUUGGUCAGCAGAACGUUGGUUCCUGGUUGAUCCGGAGCCCGUCGUCGAAGCUGACCACCGAACUGAUGGCAGCGUCCUCGGUCAAACUGUACAACUCGGCCGCCGCCGAACCCUUCCUGAACGGCUCGUCGUCCAACUACAUCGACGACAUGUACAACUCCUGGCUGCGGGAUCCCGCGUCGGUGCACGCAUCGUGGGAUGCGUACUUCCGCAACAACUCGUACUCGGCGCCCCCCUCGCUCGCGCCCACCCCGAAGAACCACGUUCCCGCAUCUCAGUACCUGGGCAGCUCUCUGCCGGCGGUGGCUGGCGCUGGCGCCGCCAUUGGUGGCCGCAUCGACGACAAACUGAUCGAUGACCAUCUCGCAGUGCAGGCCAUCAUCCGCAGCUAUCAGAUUCGUGGUCAUAACAUUGCCAAACUAGACCCGCUCGGCAUUAGUAACGUGGACCUGGACGACAAAAUUCCGACCGAAUUACUGUACUCGUCCUACCGCUUUGACAAGCGGAUUCUCAAGAGCAUAGAUGCAGACCAUUAUCGUACAAUGUUGACGCUGAUUCAAAAGGAGGCCGACAUGGACCGCACCUUCAAGCUGCCCAGCACGACCUUCAUCGGUGGCAAGGAAAAGUUUCUGCCCCUGCGCGAGAUCCUGAGCCGGCUGGAGAAGGCGUACUGCAACAAGAUCGGCGUCGAGUUCAUGUUCAUCAACUCGCUCGAGCAGUGCAACUGGAUCCGCGAGCGGUUCGAGACGCCCAACAUCAUGAACUACUCGAACGAGGAGAAGCGGCUGAUUCUGGCCCGGUUGACGCGUGCCACCGGCUUCGAGGCGUUCCUGGCGAAGAAGUUCUCCUCGGAGAAGCGGUUCGGGCUGGAGGGUUGCGAGAUCAUGAUCCCCGCGAUGAAGGAGGUCAUCGACGUGUCGACCAGGCUCGGCGUCGAGUCGAUCAUCAUGGGAAUGCCACAUCGGGGUCGGUUGAACGUGCUCGCGAACGUGUGCCGCAAGCCGCUGAACCAGAUCUUUACGCAGUUUGCCGGGUUGGAGGCGGCGGAUGAUGGCUCCGGUGACGUCAAGUACCAUUUGGGUACGUACAUUGAGCGGUUGAACCGCGUCACGAACAAGAACAUCCGACUGGCUGUGGUGGCCAACCCGUCCCAUCUGGAGGCCGUGGAUCCGAUCGUGCAGGGCAAGACCCGUGCCGAGCAGUUCUACCGUGGUGAUGGCGAGGGUAAGAAGGUCAUGUCCAUCCUGCUGCACGGUGAUGCUGCCUUCUGCGGUCAGGGAGUGGUGUACGAGACCAUGCACUUGUCGGAUCUGCCCGACUACACGUGCCACGGAACGGUGCACAUUGUGGUGAACAACCAGAUUGGUUUCACCACCGAUCCGCGUCAUUCGCGUUCUUCGCCGUACUGUACCGAUGUGGCUCGUGUCGUGAACGCGCCCAUCUUCCACGUCAACUCGGACGAUCCGGAAGCGGUUAUGCACGUGUGCAAGGUCGCCGCCGAGUGGCGCUCGACGUUCCACAAGGACGUCGUCAUCGAUCUGGUCAGCUACCGUCGUAACGGUCACAACGAAAUUGACGAGCCGAUGUUCACGCAGCCGUUGAUGUACAAGAAGGUGCGCAGCAUCAAGCCGGUGCUGGAUAUCUACGCCAACCAGCUGAUUUCCGAGGGCGUCGUCACGGCCGAAGAGGUCAAGUCCGUCAAGGACAAGUACGAGAAGAUUUGCGAGGAGGCGAUGGAGCAGGCCAAGAGCGAAACCCACAUCAAGUACAAGGACUGGCUGGAUUCGCCGUGGUCUGGCUUCUUCGAGGGUAAGGACCCGCUGAAGGCCGCCCCGACGGGAGUUAUCGAAGAGACGCUGGUUCACAUUGGCAACCGUUUUUCGUUGCCUCCGCCGAACGCCGCCGAAUUCGCCAUCCACAAGGGUCUGAUGCGUGUGCUGGCCGCGCGCAAGGAAAUGGUCGACAAGCGAACCGUCGAUUGGGCUCUGGCCGAGGCCAUGGCUUUCGGAUCGCUGCUGAAGGAAGGUAUCCACGUGCGCCUGUCGGGACAGGACGUCGAGCGUGGCACCUUCUCCCAUCGGCACCAUGUGCUGCACCACCAGACCGUCGACAAGGCUACCUACAGGCCUCUGUGCCAUCUGUACCCGGACCAGGCCCCGUACACCGUGUGCAACAGCUCGCUGUCCGAGUUUGGUGUGCUUGGCUUUGAGCUCGGCUACUCGAUGACCAACCCGAACGCGCUCGUCCUGUGGGAGGCCCAGUUUGGUGACUUCAACAACACCGCCCAGUGCAUCAUCGACCAGUUUGUGUCGUCCGGUCAGGCCAAGUGGGUGCGCCAGAGCGCGCUCGUUAUGCUGCUCCCGCACGGUAUGGAGGGCAUGGGCCCCGAACACUCGUCCGCCCGCGCCGAGCGAUUCCUGCAGAUGAGCUCCGACGAUCCGGACUACUUCCCGCCCGAGUCGGACGAGUUUGCCAUCCGCCAGCUGCACGACAUCAACUGGAUCGUGGCCAACUGCUCGACCCCGGCCAACUACUUCCACAUCCUGCGCCGACAGAUCGCGCUGCCGUUCCGCAAGCCGCUGAUCAUCAUGACGCCCAAGUCGCUGCUGCGUCACCCGGAGGCGCGAAGCAGCUUCGACGAGAUGGUCGACGGUACCGAGUUCCAGAGGAUCAUCCCGGACGCGUCGCCCGCCUCGCAGAACCCCGCCAAGGUUAAGAAGCUGAUCUUCUGCACCGGUCGCGUGUACUACGAUCUCACGAAGGCUCGCAAGGAGCGCCAGCUCGAGUCGGAGAUCGCCAUCAGCCGGUUGGAACAGAUCUCGCCCUUCCCGUACGAUCUGAUCAAGGCCGAGUGCGCCAAAUACCCGAACGCCGAGCUAGUGUGGUCCCAGGAGGAGCACAAGAACCAGGGCUACUGGACGUACAUCGAGCCCCGCUUCGACACCGCGAUCAACUCGACGCGCGACCUCGGUGUGCAAGACAAGCUUGUGCAGCAGAAAACGUCCCAAGGAUUCAAUAUACCCCAGGGAUCCUUCAAUGCGCCAACCGACGUUACACGCAAAGUGAAGAUCUCGUCGAGACCACUUAGCUACGUGGGACGUCCGUGCGCCGCAUCGACCGCCACCGGUUCCAAGGCGCAGCACACCAAGGAGCUGAAGAACCUGCUCGACACGGCCAUGGGCCUGUAAAUCACCACCCACACACACACACACCCUUACACUUAGGUUACGUUGGACGUACACAAAAUCGCACCCUUUUAGGUUCUCUAUAUGCUACAAACUACUAUUACUUAGUAAAAUGAAGAAAAAAAAAUACACGCUAAAAAAGAACAGACAGUUUCUGGAAGUUGCAAAAAACAAUAUCAGUGCUCUACCCCUUUGUGGAACUCCGCUAUUUAGAAGAUAGGUAUUUAUUCACUCUUGAAGCAAGCAAAACACUACGAUAUAAACAGUCAAACUUGGAGGCAAAGUUUGUUGCAAAUAACACAAGAAAGAAAAAAAGAAUUAUUUAUUUAUUAGAAAAGUGUUGAAACGAGGAAGACAGGAGAGGCAACCAUGCUUAAAACUUUGCAGUUGAUGAUGCUGAACGGAGCGGACGGGGCGUGUACAUUUGAAGUAUUUAAACGUUAGGAACACUUAUAUAGGUCACUAGUAGGAUACGUACAACAGUUUAUGUCGAACAUUUCGAGAGCUGCGAGAAAGAAUAAAGAAAGGAGAAAGACAGGAGAAGAACAAACACACAAGAAGGACUGUACACUUUUGGUGUUGACGCCGGUUUUUUUCGGCAAAAAUCGUUGAGAAAAUCAUUUGGAAAUAACUUUUUAGAAUUUGAAAUCAAACAGUUUGAUAUUAAAACCCCCCUCUAAACAUAACAAAACAAUACCGGCUAUUUAGCUAGUUGGAACAAAGCUCGCAAAAUGAAGCUUGUAGGUAUUGAUAGACAAACCAAAUUAAUUUGCUAGUUUUUUUUUACUCGCAGUUUAGUUUUGCAAUAUUUCACCAAUAGAAAUCUUAUUAAAAGAAAUAAUGCUAAAACAUGUAAUAAACAAAAUACCCGUAGUAAACUACCCUUUAAAAAGCAAAUUUUAACCACACAGUUAAAGCAAGUAGUUUCCUUUGAAUCCUAAUCCUAUUGCUGAAAUCGAUGGUCUACGAUGGCUGAUGGUUUUUGUUGGUUUACUUUCGAAAAAGUAAUAAACUACCGAAGAAGCCCUUUUUGGACGACGAGCUUUCGCUUGAUUUUUUUUUUUACAUGGCAAUAGAAGAAAUAUCAGUGGAUUUCGAACCGGCAAUUUUCUUUUUAAACUUCGCGGUUUUCAAAAUUGCUUUCGUGUGUAUGUUCGUUUUUUAGUUUUUAGUAAGUUAUUUUUUCUUCUCUAUCAAAUAGUCAAAUUUCCGCCGAGAAGUGAUUAAGUGGUAUGAGAAAUUUCGCAGAUAAUCAAAAUAAAUGGAAGGAGAACGAUCA